AUGUCCUUCGUCCUUCGAGCGUCUAGAUGCGCCCUCGCGCGCGUCACCGCGAGCACGAGCGCGUUGACCAUCGCAUCGCGCGCGACGCCGACGCCGUGCGCGCGCGCGCUCUGGACGACGCCCUCGACGCGCGUCUCGCACGGCUUGGACGCGUUCGUCGACGCGAACCGAGACGCGAAGACGAACGUGGGACGGGGGUGGUUGGCGAGCGAGUUGCGGAAGAAAUCGCACGAGGACCUGCACGCGCUGUGGCACGCGCUGGUGCGCGAGCGAAACAUGCUGCUGACGGAGAAACAUUUGGCAAAGGUGAAUCGAGAACCCAUGCGAGCGCCGCAGCGAAUGCGUUUGGUGCGAAGGAGCAUGGCGAGGAUUAAGUUGGUGCUCACGGAGCGAGCGAUCGAGGAGGCGGGGGAGGAUAAGCAGUUGUUGUUUGAGCUCAAGCGGCUCAUCAACGCGAAAUAG